UCCCAGGUUCAAACAUCAUACGCAAAGCAAACCAAAGCAAAACAAAAGCUUCUUCUCCCCUUUUUACGAGAUAAAGGUCUCAUCUUUCUUUACCCAUUGCCCCUGCAUCAAACCCCAACAAUGAAAGCAUCUGCAUUUCUCAUUGUCCUCCUAAGCUCCUUAGCAAUGGCAAUCACACCGGCACAAUCCCUGAUGCCCUACACAAGAUCAUCACUGUGGGACAUGAUGCUCCCUCCAGAGGACCCGUUCAGGAUCCUGGAACAGAGUCCCCUGACCAUCCCCGCCAAAGGGUUGGAGACAAUGGGGACGACGGCGCUGGCUCUGGCGAGGGCGGACUGGAAGGAGACGGUGAAAGCCCACGUGAUUUCUCUGGAUAUCCCGGGGAUGAAGAAGGAGGAUGUGAAGAUCGAGGUGGAGGAGAACAGAGUGUUGCGGAUCAGCGGGGAGAGGAAAGGCGAGGAGGAAGUUGCAGGGGAGAAGUGGCACCGUGCUGAGAGGGCUGCGGGGAAGUUCUGGAGGCAGUUCAGAUUGCCAGGGAAUGCUGACUUGGAGAAGGUGAAUGCGAAGCUGGAGAAUGGGGUGCUGACUAUUACUGUACCGAAAGUUGCUGAGGAGAAGAAGAAGCAGGCGAAGGUGAUUGAUAUUGCUGAGGAGAAGAAAGGUGGCUCUGCUCAGAACAUUGAGGCAACCAAGGCUGCUGCUUGAUUUCUGUAUCUUUUUGGUCUAUAUGUAUAGCCCCAUGGAGGAUGCAGCUUUUCCCCUUGUUUCGUGUUCUAUGUUUGUUUGAGUGGAGGAGAUGAAAAGGGUGUCCUGUGGAAUUUGAGUUUGUUGUACUGAAAUAAGAUCACAUUUUUGGACCUCCAUUGUACAAGUUUCAUCUCUGUGAAUUUAUAUCAUCCAUAAAUGUACUAGUACAUAAAAUUUGAUGCAAUAUUUGGGGAUAAAAAAUAAAAUUUGAAGUGAGAA